AUGGCCGAUCCCUUCGAAGUCCGCCAACGAUUCACAACGCUGCUCUCACACCUAAGCGCAUCCCACACAUCGCUCCAAAAAGCCGCUCUGUACGCGCUGAAAAACCGCGAAAUGGACGAAGACUUGCAUUCCUGCAUCCUCGAGCAGCUCGAGCGCAAUAACAUGAACAUACGUGCGAACAUCAUGUUCUUCAUCGAAUGUCUGUGUGAAUACGCGGUCAAGGAAAACAACGCAGGAGACAGCAGUGCAAUGGGCUAUGUGCGCAUGCUUCAGCGCGACAUUCUCGCCGUUGUUGAGUGCGUCGUAGGCGAAGAAGGCGCAAACAUCCGUGUUGUGCGCAAAGUCCUCAAGACGCUGGAAAACCUGAAUAUCCUCCUGCGGGAAACGGUACAGGAACUCGAAGCUGUGCUCAAGUCAAGAGAGGUGGCGCACCCGUUCAUGGCGAUGGAUAUUGGAGGUGAGGGUAAAGAUAGUCCUGCGGCUGGGACUGGCAAGAAUGGGGGGCAGCGCAUGGAUAAGCGCCAGAUUGAGCAGAGGAUUGAAGAGGACAGGGAGCGGCAUAAGAGGCUGAGAGAGAGUAUUUGGGCUGUUCCUGGGGAGGGGUAUGAAGAGUUUGAGAAACUGUGGGAGGAGGCGAGUGAUGUUAAUGAGGAUGAUUAUGUGACUGCGCGGGAAGACGCGGAGGAGAGGAGGAAAGUGAUUGCGUACGGAUAA